GCUUGCAUGGUCUGGGCGUGGUGUGGUAGCGGUCCCGGCCAAUCAGACAGUUUUUUCUCAACCAUGGACUAUCGACAGAAGUUGAGACAGGCAGUCUGGAGUAAAUCUGAACCACGAUGGAUGCAAUAACCCGUUGUCUCGUGUUAAUAGUCCUGUUCUUUGGGACUAGGAUUCAAGAAAAUUAUGCCUUGCAGUGUUACUGCCAGCGAUGUCUCAACUCCACGUGCAUCACGGAUGGCCUGUGCUUCGUGUCCGUCAAGAAGUCUGGCAGCAGCAUCACCGCCGAGAGCAGCAUGUGUGUCCCAGAGAACGAGCUGAUUCCGCGUGACCGCCCCUUCAUCUGCGCACCCUCCACCAAGGACGACACUGGCAUCUACCCCAUGUGCUGCGCCACCGACUGGUGCAACAAGAACCCCGACCUCAGCGUCUUCCCAGUGCCGACGGUGAAGCCGGUUCCCCUGGGGCCUGUGGCGCUGGCAGCGGUCAUCGCGGGGCCUGUGUGCGUGCUGUGCUUCGUGCUGAUGCUGGUCUUCUACAUCUGCCACAGCCGUGCGGGCGUCCACCACCGCGUACCCAACGAGGAGGACCCCUCCAUGAACCACCCCUUCCUCAACGUGGGCUCCACCCUCCAAGACCUCAUCUACGACAUGACCACCUCUGGCUCCGGCUCUGGUGGGUUAGGUCUGCCUCUGCUGGUUCAGAGGACCAUAGCCCGGACCAUCAUCCUCCAGGAGAGCAUCGGGAAGGGCCGCUUCGGUGAGGUGUGGCGGGGGAAGUGGCGAGACGAGGAGGUGGCGGUCAAGAUCUUCUCGUCCCGUGAGGAGCGCUCGUGGUUCCGCGAGGCUGAGAUCUACCAGACAGUCAUGCUGCGUCACGAGAACAUCCUGGGCUUCAUCGCUGCCGACAACAAAGAUAAUGGGACAUGGACCCAGCUGUGGCUGGUAUCAGACUACCAUGAGCAUGGCUCUUUGUUUGACUACCUGAACCGCUACACCGUCACCGUGGAGGGCAUGAUCAAACUUUCCCUGUCCACUGCCAGCGGCCUGGCCCACCUCCACAUGGAGAUCGUUGGCACGCAAGGGAAGCCGGCCAUCGCCCACAGGGACCUGAAAUCUAAGAACAUCCUGGUGAAGAAGAGCGGGACGUGCUGCAUCGCUGACCUGGGCCUGGCCGUGCGCCAUGACUCCGCCACUGACACCAUCGACAUCGCCCCCAACCACAGAGUAGGAACCAAAAGGUAUAUGGCACCAGAGGUGCUGGACGACUCGAUAAACAUGAAGCAUUUUGAGUCAUUUAAGAGGGCAGAUAUCUACGCCAUGGGCUUGGUGUUCUGGGAGAUAGCCAGUAGAUGCUCUCUAGCAGGCAUCGUUGAAGACUACCAGCUGCCAUACCAUGACCUGGUGCAGUCAGACCCCUCUGUAGAGGAGAUGAGGAGGGUGGUGUGUGAGCAGAAGCUACGGCCCAACAUUCCAAACCGUUGGCAGAGCUGUGAGGCUCUGCGGGUAAUGGCUAAGAUCAUGAGGGAGUGCUGGUAUGCCAACGGAGCCGCCCGCCUCACUGCGCUACGCAUCAAGAAGACCCUUUCCCAGCUUAGCCAAUCAGAGGGCAUCAAGAUGUAGACACUCCCUUUCUCUUAUUAUAUUAUUCAUAAUCUUAUUAUUUUAUUAUUACCAUCAUUAGUUCUCGCCCCGCUGAUCCUCUUGGUUUGAAAGGAGAGGCGGCCCGGUGAAGUUUUACUCUGAUAUCCCCGACCCCUCCCUAAACGGCGUCAUCGUUUCCUCGUGGCCCCGCUGACCGGCGCGUGGAUCUAUUUCCUGUGUCACGGAGGUGAUGGGUGGAUCUGGUGGAGGGAUGUUUGCCAGUGCAAACCCCACCCCCCUGUCCUCAAGAUUGGUGGGAUCACUUCCUCCAGUGCUCGUGAAUUACCUAUCAGGGUGAUUACAGACCGAAGUAGUCCCACCCUGCCACAGAUCCAUCUCUCAAUGCUGUUCAGCAGAAACCAGAGGAAAGGAAACAUCAACAACCCAUAAGAAAAACCCUAAGGUUGCAUGACUGCUGGUCAUAACAUUCAGGUGACAAUGCCUCCAUUCCAACAACAAAUGUUCUGUCACUGGGCGAGGUAGCUUGGACUCGACGAGAACCGCCCUAGAAAAAGACUGAACGAACUAUAGUUUGUUUAUUUUUUUACCAUCUGGUACUUAAAAACGAGCAUAUUAAUUGAGUUAUUAUUUGUGUUUUUUCCCAUGGAGAGAUGCUGUUGGACUCGUCUCCAGAAAAUGUUGCAUCUUUUUUUAGUGUUUCUUUCUCUUCUCCCUACGUAUCACGGUACAGGGGGUCUACAGGUCAGUUUAACUUAUUGGUUUUUGUUUGCAAACAAACUGGACAUGAGCUCAUUCAGUAUUGGCCAACAUGCUAUGGCAUAUGCAAUAUAGAUAAAAUGUAUCUAUUUUAUAUACUCUGCUCUGCUACUACUACGACAACAACAGCUCGACAGUCGCCAUCAUGCCUUCCGAGCCAGGUGAUAACCUGAAAGUGCCACUGCUUUAAACCUACCCCCCUUCUUCUCCUCUCAUGUCAGUUACUGUGUGAGGGUGGAUGGGUGUUGGUGUGGGUGGGUGGGUGUGUGUGUAAGAUCACAUGGAGUCUUGACAGAAGCCCUCCCAGAGCUGUAGGAGCAGCAGGGAGUGUUCCUCCUCCUAUGCACAUGAAGGGACACAUGUGGCCUUGCCACACUGCCAGGGGCAGCCACAAUACCGCCUCUCUGGUGCCAUCUACCCACCCUCCCUCUACCCCCCUCCGCCAGCCCCCCUCAUCAAAACAGCAACAAGGUAUGUCUUUCUAUCUUCUCUCUCUAUCGCUCUCUCGCUCUCUAUCGCUCUCUCGCUCUCUAUCGCUCUCUCGCUCUCGCUCUCGCGCUCGCUCGCUCUCUCGCUCGCUCUCUCGCUCUCGCUCGCUCUCGCUCGCUCUCUCUCGCUCUCUCGCUCUCUCUCUCUCUCGCGCUCUCUCUCUCUCUCUCUCGCGCUCUCUCUCUCUCGCGCUCUCUCUCUCUCGCGCUCUCUCUCUCUCUCGCGCUCUCUCUCUCUCUCGCGCUCUCUCUGCUGUAUGGGAGAGCUCUCUGGACUAUAGAAACUGAAUACCAGACUGAUAGUGGGGCUAGUACCCACAGGACUACACUGGUCACCUCCAAAGUGGCUUUAAGGAGAAAUAAAAAACAGCUCAAGCAUUACUGAAGUUGCCCUAUGAACAUGCAUUGUUGGAUUAUACUUUUUUUGGGGUUGUUUCAGAGUGUGUGACGGCACACAUUUAUUGUUUUAGAUGGCUCUUUAAAGAAAAACAAGGUGAGGUACAUUCAUUUAAAUAUAGCAAAUGGAUAUUUACUAAGCCAUAGGUUUUCCGGGGGGGGUUUUUGCAACUUUUUCUACUACUACAAGAAUGUAAAUUUACGGAUAAAAAUGUUCUGUUACAUUAUGUAAACUGCUUCACAUUUCAGCUUAGCAAAUCUUAAGGGACCAAUGGAGAGAUGCAGGAUUGCUUUUGUUUUGUGAAAAGUAAGAUGAUAAAUAAUAACUAUUAGAAAGUAGGGUCAAUAUUCUAUAUAAAGAAAAAAGUAAAUAUAGCACCAGAUUUAAAGCUGCAAUAUGUAACUUUUUGGGCGACCGUCAAAAUUCACAUAGAAAUGUGAAUUAUAGAUCUGUCAUUCUCAUUUGAAAGCAAGUCUAAGAAUCGGUAGAUCUCUUCUAUGUGCGUUAUUUCUGUGCUUCCUGUUUUUAAGUUUAGUUUUUGCCUUACUUUUGGUUUUGUGCACCAGCUUCAAACACCUGAAAAUGCACUAUUUUUGGUUAUGGAAAAUUUCACAAUGGUUUAGGUACAAUGAUUCUCUAAACUAUACUUGCUUGUUUUGUCACACAAAUUGAAAUUAGGCGAAUUAUUCGAAUUUUAGCUACCAGGAAGUGGCAGAGCGGUUUCUGCAUAGUGUAUCUUUAACAAUUGUAUGUUUUUGUUUGUAUUGUAAGGUGCCCUAUUGCCACACACCUAAACAUGCAAGCUGCAUAUUUAUACCAAUUUGGAUUGUGCUCGUUUUGGUAUGUUCAGUUUCCACAGUCUUGAUGUCACUGCAGCUUAUUGUUCUAUUUCAGCAUACUAAGCAAAACCUCAUAUUGAAGCAUGUGUAAAAAAAUAUAUAUAAUAUUUUUUUUUUUAUUAAAUACUGUUGUCAAUCAUCACAAAAAAUAAACAGAACCCCAAAAUAUAUGAGUGUUUGGCAAUAAGUGCACUUCUUCUGACCUAACUGCACAUGAACCUGUGUGGCAAUAAGGUUGUCUUUGUUCUUUUAUUAUUCCUUUGGAUUUCUCUUCAACUGUCUGCUGUUUGGAUGCAUUGUAUUUAUCUAUGGGACACUGCUGCUACAAAAUGUCUGCCUCUGUUCAGAAACCAAGAUGAGGUCAGAGAUGCUCUGUGAGAGCCCCGAUUGGAUGUACAUAACAUAUCCCACAUGCCUCUUAAUAGAUCUGUGCCAUGAUGUUUUUGUCUCUACAUAAUUCACCAUUGGUGUUCCCCAAGGGUGAGUGCUGGGAUCUCUGUCUCUCUGUUUCUCUCUGUAUGUCUGUAUGAUGCAUCAGGUCAAUCUUCAUCCUGUAGAGAAAUGCUGAAGUAGCCCUUUAAGCAUUUUUUAAAAAUUAUUUCUGAUUAGAUGUGCUUCAGGAAAUGAUCUUUACAUUGUGUUGAACCUUGGAGAUUGAUUGUAUGCUGUGCCAUAUAGUGGUUUUAGUGAUCCCUGCUACAUACUGAAAAUGUUCAUUUGGAAGAAUAAAGUUAGUGGAAAUGAAUGGACAGAGGGCGGGAAAUGGUUUAUAUAUACAACUAUUGAUGUAGGAUCUUAAUUUGAUCACCCCGUUGCAGGAAAACAUUCCUGUAAAUCAGCAGGACAUGUUAAACGUGUGUAUUUGAGGUUUAAAAAGACUUCUGAAGUUUGCAAUUUUCACUUACAAAAAAUGUACCAACCCCUACAAAAAUGUCCAUUAAUUAUAAUCCACGUAAUAACUCUCAUUUCCUGUUGCUGCAUGAUUUUUUUUCAGCGAACUGGUCACAUUUUAAGAUCCUACAUCUUGUAUAUCUGGCUGGAAGCUCUGUCCUGCACAGUUGGUCAGCAAAAAUAGUUUGAACGAAAAGGAAGUGAAAGCUAUCCCUAAUAUUAAGAGAGUAACAGAUAUCGCUGAAACUAAAGAAAAAAAGAGCAGAAAUGUCAUCAUGCUGAAUUUGGUCCCCGUGCGUGUACAUAAUGCUAGAUCUUAGAGCUUGUGUUUGUGGCAAGGUCAACUCCAUUCUCUGGGACAUAACAACAACACUCAAACAGCAGCAGUUCAGCUGACUACUUCGCUAUCUAUGCCUCCGUUGUCUACACUGGGCCAACGUUCAUUCUGUGUCCGGACACAUUUCUGUCUUAAAAUCACCAGCAGCCUUUCUUUUCGUUUCCAAAAUCAAAGGUGACUUAUUCUUACAUUAACUGUAAAAAACAUGACAUAUCCAGGUAUUCGUCUCAGUGAUACGCAGGUCAUUUUUCCUGGCCAUACCAGCUUACGUGUUAACAGAAACAACGACAACAACCAUACCUUUGCACCUCUGAUUUUAUUAUAAAAAUGGGGCGACACAGUCGCGGCUUUCGGGGUGGUCUAGAGUGGAAAAGUGGCGUUUUAGGUCUCGAAGCGCAUUUAGUUUGCCUAGAGGUCUCUUGAGGUGCUACCAGUGUCCUUUUCAAUAUCCCCCCCACCACCCCAACCCCCCAAAACGUUUCUGUGCCUCCUUUCUGCUCAUCUAUUUCCACCCAAACACAGAAAGGAGACACAAGCCAGGAUGUCCCAGGCAGCAGACUGCCAGCGGCCAUCUUUGUUGCACCAGUUAUAAGGGUUGAAAGGGUGGGUGUUUGCUGUACGUGCCCUUUUGUGUCCCAAACCCAUAUGAUCUGGUAAUUUUAUCACUGGCAGACAAAUGGUGUAGACGGCACCGCUGGAUAUGCAGUCUGCUCAGACAGAAACGCAGUACUGUUGCUCCAAGCAAGGAGCAACACUAAUGGUUCCUAUUUUUAUUUGAUUUAAUUUGUUUUAAAUUCAUUAUUUGAUUUAUUGUGUGAUCUAUUUGAGGCCAGGGAGAUAUGCAAAUGAUGACCCCAAAAAAAUGUAAGCACUGAGAUUAAACGGACGUGAAUGUAUAAACUCAAAUGGCUCUACCUUUCCCGAGAGAGGCCGCAAACCGGAGCACAAUUUGCAUAAUUUCUUCAAAGGUCAUGCAUAUGCCCAGUUGGCAUGCAAAACCACAACACACGGGUUCCUCUUAUAGUUAUGCAAAUUUUUUGGUUAACGUGGUCCCUUGGCUUUCCAUUUUUCACUCCUGUCCUGUUUGGCCACAGUUUUACUGGUCUCUAUCUAUGCUACUAUCUGGACCUUUUUUUGUGCAGUACUGUGGCUCAGUAGUGUCAGAAAGCACAGGCAUCAUCAUUCUGGAGACAUGUUUAGAAAGCAAUGGUUUGGGUCACAAAAGGGUCCUGCUUGCUAAAUAAAAAACCAAUAGAGGUGCUCUCCACGUGUUCCCUGUGGCUGCUGUAGUGAGACCAUUGUGUAAAAGAAAGCUUUAUCGUGUUUUAUUUGGUGCCUAAGUUAGACUAUUCUCUCUUCUGUCAUUUUUCCUCCUAGAAUGACGAGCUGCAUGUGAUUGUGUUCCAAUGUAUGCAUCACUUGAUUUAUAAAUAAACAAAAAAAGUUGAAAAAAAUAUGAAGUGUAAUUAACAGGAUAUUGGGUCAUUCAAAUCUAAAGAAAAUACCUCCUCUGAAGACCAAUGUGUUUUUACCUCAAUGUAUAUAUUCGAUUUGUUUACGCCUAGUUUAGAUUUUUUUUUGUUUCUAUGAAAUGCUAAUUUGAAGAAUACACAUUUGUCAAUGGUACUUUUUUGUCGUCAAUGGUAUUGUGUUUUGUGGUGUUCCCAAGCAGUAUAUUCCUCUAUUUUCCAUUAUCACUCUUUGACUUCUGUUCUCUCCCAAAUGUAAAUGCUUUACCAACGUCAAAACCUUAGUCUUUUCCAAGCCCCUCUGAGCUGUGUUAAAAAUGUCUUGUUCUUUUUAAGUGGUCAAAAGGGAGGCUGCAAGGAUUUUCAGAAUCGCCUGUGCCCCCUUCUGAAUACUUCUAAUGCAUAUGUAUUGACUUUUUUUGAAUAGUGUGCACCGAAGAAUGAACGAUCAACAUAGGAUAGCUUAUGUUAAGUUCUAACAUAGUUGGAGUACAAAGUGGUGUGAAUAAAAUACGUUUCUGUAA